AUGAAGGUCAGUGUUGCCAGAUACCCCGCCCCCUAUCCAGAUACCCCGCCCCCUAUCCAGAUACCCCGCCCCCUAUCCAGAUACCCCGCCCCCUAUCCAGAUACCCCGCCCCCUAUCCAGAUACCCCGCCCCCUAUCCAGAUACCCCGCCCCCUAUCCAGAUACCCCGCCCCCUAUCCAGAUACCCCGCCCCCUAUCCAGAUACCCCGCCCCCUAUCCAGAUACCCCACCCCCUAUCCAGAUACCCCACCCCCUAUCCAGAUACCCCACCCCCUAUCCAGAUACACCGCCCCCCACUCCAGAUACCCCGCCCCCUCUGCAGAUACCUCACCCCCUCUAUUCUUAG